UUCGCGACGCCUCUUCGGCUCGUUCGCGCGCGCUCGAACCGGGGCGAACCGGGCGCGGGCGUCGAGACCGGGACUCGACGCGCGCGCGAUUCGCGACGGCGCGAGACAAGAUGACGGCGAACGACCGGCGGCGGUGUCGACGGGCGCGCGCGCGAUUCGCGACGGCGCUGACGGUGUGCGCGUGCGCGUGCGCGAUGGCGCGCGUCGCGAGAGGCGACGAGACGCCGGUGGAUCACAUCUUGGAGACGUACAACGACGACAACGACGACGCGACGAUGGACGCUCACGAGCUGAGCGAAUUGUUCGAGCGGUUCGCGGCGAGGACGAGCGGCGCGGGCGCGGGCGCGGAUUCGCACGCUGGACACGCGCACGCGAGCGCUGGACACGCGCACGCGAGCGCGGAGGAGACGCUGACGAACGUGUCGUCGGCGGACGUGAUCACGACGUACGCGGGCGCGGAUCAAAAGUUGAACGAGACCGAGUUGCUCUCGGCGCUGAGUUUGGCGGCGCGGUGCCUGAGCGAGUCGACGUGCACGUUCAUCGCGAGCGAGGCGGAAAGCGCGGCGGCGGCGACGGGUGGGUUGAAGCAUUUCAAACUCAAGAUGGGUCUCAUGGUGGCUGUGUUUUUUGAAGGUUUGGCGGGAGGAAUGUUGCCGUCGCUGUUCGUGAGAACGCUGCCGAAGAUGCAGAGCGCGUUGGAGUUUAUGAACGCGUUCAGCGGGGGAUUGUUUCUCGCGUCUGGGUUCGUGCACCUCGUCCCGCACGCGCUCGAGAGCGCGACGGAGGCACGCAUCGGUACGGCGAAGGAGUAUCCUUUCGCCAUGGUCAUGGUCAUGCUGGGAUUUCUCAUCGCGUUCUUCGUCGAACGCGUCGUGUUUCACACGCACUCGCACGUGACGGAGAGCGAGGGCGACGGAGAGCACGGCCACGGACACGGACACGGACACGGACAAAGUAAAGAACAUCACGUCGAUGCGGCCGUCGUCGUCGUCGUGGACAAGGCGUCGACCGACGCGUGCGACACGUGCGCGCACGACGAGAAGGGUCGUCACGUGUCCAUCUUCGCGCAGACGAGAACGGCUUUGCUCUUCAUGGCGGGCGUCGCGUUGCACGCCUCUCUCGCGGGUGUCUCCCUCGGGCUUCAAAGCGAUCGAAACAGUGUGUACGCGAUUUUCACCGCCAUCGCGUCGCACAAAGCCGCGGCCGCGUUCAGCAUCGGGUGCGCGUUUUUGCGCUGCGGCAUGACGAAUCCGCAGACGCUCUUCAUUUUCAUGACGGCGUUUUCGUUCAUAACCCCGAUCGGGAUCUUGAUCGGGUGCGCGGCGGAAAGCGCACACAGCCCAGCCGUCUCCGCCGUCCUCGAGGGCAUCGCCGCCGGUACGUUCAUUUACGUCGGUACCGUGGAAGUCAUCGGCGACGAGUUCGAGACGCAAACGCAAUCGUGCGAAGACGAGCACGGUCACGACCAUAAACUCGCUCCGCACACGCACACCGUGCACGAAGCGCCCGCGCGCGGCAUGCGCAUUUACAAGUUCGUGUGUUACACCGCCGGCGUUCUCGUCAUCGCGCUCGCGCAACUCGGCGUCGAGCACGCGCACUAGUAACGCCGCGGCGCGCGUCGUCGCGCACGCUGACGAAAGGGCCUUAGCCAUUUCUAUGGUAAAUAGGUAUACGCAUCGUCCUUAUAUGAACUCUGAGGUACUAGAAUACCUCCAAUUACGCUAUAUAAAAAAUGUCAGCAAAUAAAGCGACGACACGCGCAACUGCUCCUUUGCGCGCGUCACUUGUUAGACCCGUCCCUUACCGACGGGGUUGUUUAUAAGACGCACAUUUGCUUUCACGAAUC